AUGACUAAAGCAGCCUCGCAAUAUUUACAAGAGCAGCAAAGGCUUUACUCGAAGCUGGCUUAUCCUCAUGAAGAGUACUUUGCGCGUCCGUCCUUUGAGUACAAGCCACAAAGAUACGAACGGAUCAAAGACAGCAACAACAAUGGAUCGAUGAAUGAGGAUUAUGGUCGUGGAUCGCGUGGAUUCUUUGAACGAUUUAAGUCGAAACUCAACCUGUUUCGCGACAAUUCGUAUGAUUCCGAAGACCAACAUUCAGUUACUAUGGAGCAACGUCAACUUUGGGAUUACGUCAAGGAUAAGCCCAUCGACUUGAGGGUCACAGAUCCGGAUUUAAUCAACGACGACUGUAAGUCGUCGCCGAACAAAGAACCUGCCCUAAGAAGUGCAAACACAUUUUUGACUCCUAAUGCCAUGGAUGACAAUUUCGGCCACAUGAACAGAGCCGGCCAUUUGAAUGCGGAGAAAAAGCCAAAUGGUAAUCUGAGCAGUGUACCAUUUACAGGCUCUCCGCUUACAUCGACCGCCGCAAAUGAUUUUAUUGGAAUCGACCUCGACGCUUCGUUGUUUCGUGAGUCGCCCUGGACUGGAUUGUCGGGUCGUUCCCCUUUGGCAAGACGUACCACCAUGCAGACGAUUUUGAAAAGACUGGUUCACAUCUCAACAAAAAAGCAGGAAGUCGCCAAAAGUUAUCAAAAGUUGUUGAAAGAGCUUGGAGAUUGGUGGCAGGAUACAAUAGAAUCCGAGGAGAGCGCUACACUAAUCACGGAUCUCCAAAAACUAUUUCACGAAGACAUGGUGAUGGAACUUCGAAUCUCUUCAAAACUGAAAGAAAUUUCUCAAGCGUUAGAGUUCACAAAACUCAGGGAAGAUGAAAUGCUACAAGUUCGCAAGGAACUGCAAUCAACCGCGAAGAAGUACGCCCACGUGAAAUCUAAGAAAGGUGGGCAAAGUGAGGAUGCUGCAUUUCUCAGAGAAAAAGUUACCACAAAACAGAACUCAUUAGCAGUGAUCACCGGACAUUACCUCAAGGCCUUAUCAGUCACGGCGAGAGAGCUUUUUGUUAAUGCAAGCGUCGAUUUUUUCGAAACAUCAUCGGAAUUGAAAGACGCUAGCAAGCGAUUCUUCCAAGGCUCAGUUGAAUACCUAAGAACAAUUCAGGCGAACAACAUAGAGCAACAUAUCGAGGAUCUUCGGAAAAAACGCGCUGAUAAACACUGGGAAAAACUGACGCCGCUUGAAAAAAACGAUCCGAAUCGACUGGGUGCAAUUAUGACUGGAAUGUACAACGGCCAGGAUUCGUUGAUGAAAUGUGUGACAAGAAAGAUGGAAUCAAAAACCGACUCUGACGCAGCCAAUCAAAAAAUAAACGAUCCGAAGUCGAAUUUCAAAUUAGAGUUCAAGACUGGAUUGGAUGACACCGUUUCUGGAAUUACAUCCGAGAAAACUGAGAUUGCACGGCCCGAUAGACAAAUUGUUAAUGUUUCACAUUUGACCCUUGAAAGAGUCAAGCACGAGCCAUGCAGUGGUCCAGACUUGCACAAAACUUUGAGGAAGGAAAGUCCGACUGUACUCUCUGAUCAAAAACGAAAUCGGAAAACGGGUGAAAUACCCGGUGCAAAAAAGCAGACUAGCGACCGACACGAGUUCAAUCGCUACCACAGAAAUGGUAAUAUAAGUAAGGAAAAUUCGGAUGACAACGGAUUGAUUAUCAAGUUUGGAGAAAGUCACACAAAAGAUGUUUCACAUAGUUUUUACGAGCCAGAAAAUGAGCUCAAUUGUAAUCGAUGGAUCGAAACGGCUCAAAUUCCUGAGUAUUUGAGCCAGAAGUGA